UCUCUGCCCGGGUUUGCAGGGGUUAAAUUCUAGCUGCAGUGGGGAAGUGGCUCCGCCCCCCGUUUUCAGCACCUGGCGCUCUAUAGACAGUUGCCUCAGCAGUAGAUUUCAGAGGGGAUUGGAGGAAAACAAGAGGGGGAGAGAAUGUGACAACUGCCGACUCUGACUGCUGCCUUGGGGAGGCCUCCCGCACCUGUCCUUGCCUGUCUCUUGGCCAGUGCAGUUGUUGAAUCAGACAAGCAAGAGGAACGUUCUUAUUUGCCAGACCAGAACGGUGUGCAUAGGAGGAAAGACAAGAGGAAGAAGAAGAAGAAGAAGAAAAAGAAAAAGAAGAAGGAGGGGAAGAAGAAGAAGAAGAAGAUGACUUCUUCAUUCAAGCUGGAUUUUCUGCCGGAGAUGAUGGUUGAUAGCCGUUUGCUAGUUUCCGACAGAAUUAACGGCACAGCUAACAAAAUGAAUGGAACUUUGGAUCACUCAGAUCAGCCAGACCCAGAUGCCAUUAAGAUGUUUGUCGGACAGAUCCCCCGUUCGUGGUCAGAAAAGGAGCUAAAGGAACUUUUUGAGCCUUACGGAGCUGUCUACCAGAUCAACGUUCUCCGAGAUCGGAGCCAGAAUCCUCCCCAAAGCAAAGGUUGUUGUUUCGUAACGUUUUAUACAAGAAAAGCUGCGCUUGAAGCACAGAAUGCACUGCACAAUAUUAAAACCUUACCUGGGAUGCAUCAUCCCAUUCAGAUGAAACCGGCAGAUAGUGAAAAAUCCAACGCUGUGGAAGACAGAAAAUUGUUCAUAGGAAUGGUUUCGAAGAAGUGUAACGAGAACGAUAUCAGGGUGAUGUUUUCUCCAUUUGGCCAGAUAGAAGAAUGCCGAAUCCUUCGGGGACCAGAUGGGCUGAGCAGAGUGCACAGCCUCAAUAUGGAGUCUAGCCGAGGCUGUGCGUUUGUCACGUUUUCGACAAGGGCAAUGGCACAGAAUGCAAUCAAAGCCAUGCACCAGUCUCAGACCAUGGAGGGCUGUUCUUCACCAAUAGUCGUCAAGUUUGCUGAUACCCAAAAGGACAAGGAGCAGAGACGUUUACAACAGCAGUUGGCGCAACAAAUGCAACAGCUCAACACUGCCACCUGGGGGAACCUUACAGGUCUUGGAGGACUUACGCCACAGUACCUGGCUAGAUUAGACAUUAAUAUGGAUUUACAGCAUCGACUCUGGGGACCUUCAUUUCAACACCAGGCAGAAGCAAGAGACUGUAUAAAUCUUCUGCAGCAAGCAACUUCCUCCAGUAACUUGGGUGCCUUCAGCGGCAUUCAACAAAUGGCUGGAAUGAAUGCUUUACAGCUACAGAAUUUGGCAACUCUAGCAGCCGCAGCUGCCGCCGCCCAAACCUCAGCUACCACCACCAAUGCAAAUCCUCUCUCCACAACAACUGGUGCCCUUGGCGCACUCACGAGUCCAGCAUUUGGGAGUCCGCUGCAGUUUUCUUCCAACCACAAAGGGCUCCUUUACCUGCCCGUAUCCCCCAAACUGACAAAUACCUGCCUGGAAGAUGAAAUGAGAGUGAGGACCUUUCUAGCAGACGUGGCUGCAUCAACAGCAAAUUCCACAGCUGGGGCGGCCAUGAAUUCCUUGACUUCUCUGGGGACUCUCCAAGGAUUGGCGGGAGCCACUGUUGGAUUGAAUAAUAUUAAUGCACUAGCAGGUACCGUAAACAUUGCUCAAAUGCUCUCAGGUAUGGCCGCCCUGAACGGAGGACUCGGUGCGACAGGCUUGACGAAUGGUACAGCUGGCACAAUGGAUGCCCUCACCCAAGCCUACUCAGGGAUUCAGCAGUAUGCCGCGGCGGCACUGCCGACAUUGUACAGUCAAAGCUUGUUACAGCAACAGAGUGCUGCGGGCAGCCAGAAGGAAGGUCCAGAAGGAGCAAACCUCUUCAUUUAUCACCUCCCACAGGAGUUUGGAGACCAGGACAUUCUGCAAAUGUUUAUGCCUUUUGGAAAUGUCAUUUCUGCUAAAGUCUUCAUUGACAAACAGACCAAUCUGAGCAAGUGCUUUGGUUUUGUUAGCUAUGACAAUCCUGUCUCUGCACAAGCUGCUAUACAGGCUAUGAACGGCUUUCAGAUUGGAAUGAAACGCUUGAAAGUUCAGCUGAAGCGCUCCAAAAACGACAGCAAACCUUACUGAUCAUUACCCCAGAAGCUUACUGCUAUUAAUUUAGAUUUCUUAGGGUAAGUCCCUUGAGCAAAACCCAUCAUCCCUUGGGGAGGUUGAGAAAGAACAUAAGAACACAUUGCCAACCACCGCCAAGAGACAGCUGUUGUUUUUUGUUUUAUUUUACAAUACUUGCUUCCAUUGUCCCCACCUGCUAUAAGGGAAACUUGGCUAACCUAACUGAACGGUAUACUUUAUUUGAAUUUGAAAUUUGACUUGAAAAAGGAAAAAGAAAAGAAAAACACAACCUUACAAGGAUAACAUACAUAAACACACACCCUCCAAAAUCUUUAAAAGAGUCAAAAUUUUCGAGAGAACAAAUGUCGCAGCUUAACUUUCUCAGCCUGGGUGUCCUUAAUACUUUUGAUGGGGAUAAUGAAAGCGGAGAAACGUCUGGACCUAGACUUAUCCAAAUGGCACCAGCAGUUAAUAGGCUACUAUCAUGGCCCUGUGCCAGGAGAGGAACUCAUUUAGAAACAACACCAAUUCUUUCCAUUUACUUCAGUUCGAUUUUUAUUAAAGGGGCUUGACUAUUUUUCGUUCUUAAAAGAGUUUCAGAUUGACGUGAUGUUAUAUUAUCCUGUUUAAAACACUGGUCAUCUUUAAUAUAUUUCACUUGCGGGUUUUCUUUCUUUCUUUCUUUCUCUUCUUUCUUCUUUGUUUUUUUUAAGUUCUUAGGGGAUUUGUUUUUUAGAGUUUUAGUGUAAAAAAAAAAAGACUUAGAGAUCCGUUUCUAAAGCUACAGGGUUUAAAAUAAAUAAAUAAAAAGAGUGACAAUACUUGAUGUUUCUUGAAAGAUAAAAAAAUUUAAUAAUAAUAAUAAUAGAUAACAAAAAAGAAAGCCACAGGCCUGUAAAUUUUAUUUGUAAAAAGCAUUUCUAUUUUUAUACAAAAAUUUUUACUGCCUCAGAAAUAAUGGAAGUUAUUUAUUGCCUAUUGUUAACUUAUUGGAUACCUAAAGAGCAGCUCUCUCUGCUAGCUAGAUCCUUUUGAAGUAGUCUCUGGAGUAUCUGUGCCAACAAUGGGUGCUUUUUCACCGUUGAAUCCUACAUCCUACAUGCUUUUUUAUCCUCCUGUUUGUAUUUUGUCUGGUUAACCUGUUCGUAGUUUCCAUUAUCUAGUUUAAAGUUUAGUUGUCUUGGGCUAUUCUCCUCCUCUUCUCUCUCUUUCUCUCCUUCCCCAACCCACUCAAACACAGCACCCCCUUAUGUUGCAUUUGUUGAAACUGGUUCUUUAUUCUUUCCCCCUCUCCCCCCCAAAUAAAACAGGAAUCCAUCUUCUCUAACUCCUUUUCAGAUGGAUUCCUUUUGGGGGAUCCUUCAUUGUGCCAUCGUCGUUGGCCAAGUGUACAGUUAAUGCAAACUGCGUGAAUGGCUGAUAUUCUGAUGAUGCAAGAUUUGCAUUAGUUUUCUCCUGCACCCAUUAAAAAAAUGAUUUUGUUUCUGCUGCAUAGACUCUCCGUAACUUUUUUUCCUCUUCCUUGUUUUUCCCUAGACAUCUUCAUGCUCGUUAGCUCAUCGUUUGCCUAGCAUGUCCCUGUGGCGUCUAAAAAAAAAAAAAAAGUUUCAUCGUCCAGUCAUUGUUUCUGAUGUCUUUCUGACCUCACAUCAUAAUUUGGUUCUCCUACUGACCUUUGAUCUAUAGUUUGAACCUUUGAAAUUUGCAUGUGACCUCAUCUAGCUAUACGAAUUCUGGGAAGUCAAUGUGAAAAGCAUUGCUGCAUUUAUGCAAGAUCAAAAUUUAUUCCUAGUCAAAUUAAUAAUAGGAUUAUUUAAAAAAAGAAAAAAGACAGACACACAACCUGUGGCAAAAUGUUUUGUUAGGGUUUUUUAGUUGUUCCUUUUUCCCUUCCCCCCCCCUUUUCUUUUUGUGUUCAAAUAAUAAAAAAAAAAAACCAGACUUGAAAGUAUUAUACAGAGAUUGGCAUUCUGGCUGGUCAUUGAUGACAAUAGCAAUAUGUGUCCAGAGACAGAAUGUUGGUUUCUAACAGACUACUUCCAAAACAGUUUGAAAUGAAGAACUGUCUGAUUUUAAGUCUCUAGAGGUCUGUAAUAGUUUUUACAUUUUUCAGGCAGUGUAAAGUUUUUUGAUAAGGCCAUUUUAGGUGGCUCACUUUCUCAUUAAGAAUAUAUAUAUAGAACCACUUUUUGUAGAUUAGUAUAACAAAAAAAAAUUUACCCUGUUUGAGGGCAAAUGCUACCUAUUUCCGUCACCUUUUGCUGAACUGACUCACAAGUUAGACAAUCCAUGAAUUAAUGCACAUGAAAAUUACCUAUAUUUUAUACUGUUUCAAUGUACAGGAGAAAGGCUACUGUUAGCUGUUGUUCCAUUGGUGCUUCUGUGAAUUAAGUUGUGGUUUCAUCAUGGGUCUUAUGGUCUUUAAGUGUUCUGUGUUUAUAAGCAACAGGUUUGAAAUUGGUUUUUACUUGAACAAUAUCAACAACAGAACAAAAAAAAAACGAUUUUCAAAAAACGGAAAAAGUUGUUUGCUUAAAAUUUAAAAAAAAA